UUACACCGCAUAGCCUCCUAACAAUCGGCGGAGCAAAAGUCAUCUAGCUAAACCACCAAAAUAUAUCCUAGUCACAAGAGUGGUUAUAUAGAUCUCAUCGAUUUUCUAAAUCGUUAUCCAGAACCCCUGGGCGUCUGUCUCCCCAGCCACUGGAUCGUUAAUGUUAGCUAACAAGCUAACUUAUGUGAACAAAAAUAAACGCAACAAUUAACGAUUUUACCGAGUUACAGUUCAUUUAAGGAAAUCAAUCAUUUGAAAUAAAUGUGGACCUAAUCUAUCAGUUUCACAUGACUGGGGAUACAGAUAUGCAUCCGUUGGUCACAGAUACCUUAAAGAAAAAGGUAAGGGGUGUAUCAGAAAACCAGUCGGUAUUAGGUGUGAUCUCCAUUUCCCUCAUGCAGCAAGAUGCAUCACCUUCACAUAGAGUUGAUGAGGCUGGUGAUUGUGGCCUGUGGAAUGUUGUCCCACUCUUUUCCGAUUGCUGUGCGAAGUUGCUGAGCCGCUGGAUAUUGUAGGGAACUGGAACACUGUCGUACACAUCAAUCAAGAGCAUCCCAAACAUGCUCAAUGGGUGACAUGUCUGGUGAGUAUGUAGGCCAUGUCAGAACUGGAACAUUUUCAGCUUCCAGGAAUUGUGUUCAGAUCCUUGCCAUUAUCAUGCUGAUGCAUGAGGUGAUGUCAUCAGGAUGAAUAGCAGGACAAUGGGCUUAAGGAUCCUGUCACGGUAUCUCUGUGCAUUCAAAUUGCCAUUUAUAAAAUGCUAUUGUGUUUAUUGUCCGUAACCUAUGCCUGCCCAUACCAUAACCCACCAUGGGGCACUCUGUUUACAACGUUGACAUCAGCAAACCGCUUGCCCACGUCUUCUGCGGUUGUGAGGCCUGUUGGACGUACUGCCAAAUUUUCUAAAAUGAUGUUGGAGGCGCUUUAUGUUAGAGAAAUUAACAUUACAUUUUCUGGCAACAGCUCUGGUGGACAUUCCUGCAAUCAACAUGCCAAUUGCAUGCUCCCUUAAAACCUCUUUGGGCUAAGAUACCGCUAACGGGAUCGAUAUGACAACAGCCCGUGAAAGUGCAGGGUGCCAAAUUCAAACAACAGAAAUCUCAUAAUUAAAAUUCCUCAAACAUACAAGUAUUUUACACCAUUUUAAAGAUACAGUUCUUGUUAAUCCCACCACAGUGUCUUAUUUCAAAUAGGCUUUACGGCGAAAGCACCACAAACGAUUAUGUUAGGUGAGUGCCUAAUCACAGAAAAACACAGCCAUUUUUCCAGCCAAAGAGAGGAGUCACAAAAAGCGGAAAUAGAGAUAAAUGAAUCACUAACAUUUGAUGAUCUUCAUCAGAUGACACUCAUAGCACUUCAUGUUACACAAUACAUGUAUGUUUUGUUCGAUAAAGUUCAUAUUUAUAUUUAAAAAAUCUCAGUAUACAUUGGCAUGUUAUGUUCAGUAGUUCCAAAAACAUCCAGUGAUUUUGCAGAGAGCCACAUCAAUUUACAGAAAUGCUCAUCAUAAAUGUUGAUGAAAAUACAAGUGUAAUACAUGGAACUUUAGAUACACUUCUCCUUUAUGCAAUAAUUAAGAUUUCAAAAAAAGCUUUACGGAAAAAGCACACCAUGCAAUAAUCAGAGUACAGCGCUCAGAGACCAAAACAAGCCAAACAGAUAUCGUCCAUGUUGUGUAGUCAACAGAAGUCAGAAAUAGCAUUAUAAAUAUUCACUUACCUUUGAUGAUCUUCAUUAGAAUGCACUCCCAGGAAUCCCAGUUCCACAAUAAAUGUUUGAUUUGUUUGAUAAAGUUAAUCAUUUAUGUCCAAAUACCUCCUUUUUGUUUGCGCGUUUAGCCCAGUAAUCCAAAUUCAUGACGCGCGAGCAGACAAAGUAAAAAUAGUUCCGUUACAGUCCGUAGAAACAUGUCAAACGAUGUAUAUAUUUUUAUCAUACAUCUUCAAUAAUGUUCCAACCGGAGAAUUCCUUUGUCUGUAGAAAUGCAAUGUAAAGCAAGCUAACUUUCAUGUGAACGCGCGUGGUCAGCUAAUGGCACUCUGCACUCUACCUCUGACUCAAUCCCCUCUCAUUUGCCCCACUGCACAGUAGAAGCAUCAAACAAGGUUCUAAAGACUGUUGACAUAUAUUGGAAGCAUUAGGAAGUGCAAUAUGACCCCAUAGACACUGUAUUCGAUAGGAAAAGAGUUGAAAAACUACAAACCUCAGAUUUCCCACUUCCUGGUUGAAUUUCUUUCUCAGGUUUUUGCCUGCCAUAUGAGUUUUGUUAUACUCAGACAUCAUUCAAACAGUUUUAGAAACUUCAUAGUGUUAUUAUCUUGGAAAGGGAGAAAUCCUCACUAACAGGGAUUUAAACAAAUUUGUGCCCAUAAUUUGAGAGAAAUUAGCUUUUUGUGUGGAUGAAAGAUUUCUGGGAUCUUUUAUUUCAGCUCAUGAAACAUGGGACCAACACUUACAUGCACAUAUGUUGCGUUUUAUAUUUUUGUUCAGUCUGGAUAUGGUUCUGCCUAGCCCUAGGUCAUGACUCUCAGUUCCAUUACACAUAAUAAGACUAAUUGUACAAAGGCGUCUUCUUUAGAGGGAAGUUUUGUUGAGAUCCCCGUCACUCGGUCUGAACAUUAACAUGUAUCGCUUGCAGUAAGGUUUUGGAAGCAUAUGGACCUUUCAUAUCAGCAAUAAAUAAUUUUCAGAAAACAAAAGGUUAUGUUUAUACACACCUUGAUAGGAUUAGUGUUCCCACACUGCCAUAUCUCAAUGUUACAGCUCUUGUUUACGGAAAACAGAAACAGAAACAAAAUCUGACCACCUGUGCUAAUUAGCAAUCUAGCAUGCUCCGAACACCUGUAUGUAAGCAUAACUUGAAGUGUAGUUUGAUAGGAUGGACGUACCCAUAGCUGUAUGGAACUGUGCAAAACUGCUACAGUAAGUAUCUUCUUUAUCUGAAGGAUUGUUUCUCGCUGAUGAGGGCCGUAUCGCAAGCGAUGACUUGACAUUUCCAAACGUUAAAACGCAGCGUUGUGGUUGUAGUUCACACAAGGCAGUCUGGGGGAAAGCUAAUGGCUGAGAACUAGGGGGUUUGAGAGCUAUGGUUCUGCUUAACUCACACAUGCAUAAGUAGCAGUCUUUGCAGUUCUGUAGUAUAAACUACUUGGUUAUCAGCCAUAGAACCAUAGGUAUGAAUAUCAAAUUGUUUUUGAGAAUAAGUUUCAACUAACCUGAUAUUGGCGACACUAUCCUCGUUCUCGAUUCGACAAAGCAUGUAUCUACAAAAAUGUCCAGUUGCAAGUGGUGCGUUUGGAAUUUCUAAAAUGCUCUGUUGUUAAAAUGAAUAAAUGCUUCUCUCCAUAAAGUAAUCUAACAAUGUGUAUGCUGCCAUCUUGUCUAUUUAAAAUCUUCUCUCACUGAUCGAGACAUGAGUGUCAUCAUGACAUGCAACACUUUGGUGUGGACCCGUCUAUCUCAAUCAAUACCAGGCAACAACAGAUACUACCACUGAGAGAGAAGAGGACGACGUUGGGAUGCUUGCGUGUCUGUGUGGUGCCAACCAGACAUACAGUGAAGUGGAGUGGCAGCAAUGUUGCCUGGUGUUGGUGUGUUUGGCACAGGGAGUACGGCACGGGUGCUAGUUCCUUUGCUGCGGGGGGAAGGGUUUGAGGUACACGCGCUCUGGGGGAGGAGCGAGGAGGAGGCAAGCUCCCUGGCGCAGGAGCUGGGCAUUCUGUUUCACACCAGCCAAUCGGACGAUGUCUUAUUGCACCCUGAUGUUGACCUGGUCUGCAUCUACAUCUCACCCCCACUCACACGGCAGAUUGCAGUCAAAGCCCUGGGGAUAGGUAAGAAUGUGGUAUGUGAGAAGGCUGCUACCGCUGUGGACGCGUUCAAGAUGGUGACUGCUGCGCAAUACUACCCCCAGUUGCUGAGCAUUGUGGGUAAUGCUCUGUGCUUCCUCCCAGCGUUCGUAGCAAUGCAGCAGUUGCUGGCAGAGGGAUACGUGGGUGAGCUGCAAGUGUGCGACGCCCGUGUCUAUGGUCCCAGUCUGCUCGAUCAAUCAUACGGCUGGACCUGCGAGGAGCUGAUGGGGGGUGGCGGGCUCCACACGGUUGGCUCUUCCCUCGUGGACCUUCUGAGUCACCUGACGGGAGCACGGGCGGUGCUGCACGGCCUUCUCCGGACGUUCGUGGGGCAGAAUGGAGCAAUCCACGGGAUCCGCUGCGUCACCAGCGAUGACUUCAGUUUCUUCCAGAUGCUGAUGGGAGGGUCUGCUUCUGGUAGAGGGGUAGGGACUGGGACUGGGUCAGGAGUGUGCUGCACUGUGACUCUGAACUUCAACAUGCCGGGGGCUUUUGUCCACGAGGUGAUGGUUGUUGGGUCAGCAGGGAGGCUGAUUGCCAGGGGGACAGAGCUGUAUGGGCAGCGCAAUGGAGGGAAAGAGGAGGAGCUGCUGCUAGGGGACAGCGGAGGGACCGGACAAGAGGUCAAGGAUGUCCCCCUGCCACACCUACGGGGGCUAGGCUCCAUGGUUACGGCUCUAAAAGAUGCUUUCCAGGCACAGGAAGAGCGUCGGUUGUGGGCGCGGGGGCCGGUUGCUAUGGCGUCGGCGUUUGAGGAUGGGCUGUAUGUGCAGACGGUGGUGGAGGCGGUGAAACGGUCAAACCGCAGCGGAGAGUGGGAAAGUGUGGAGGUCAUGACACAGGAACCAGAUCCCAACCAAAACCUCUGUGAGGUGCUGCUGAUAAACAAGAACUGAGUACUCAUUUAUAUACACACACACUCACUCACACACACACACACACACUAAUAUAAAUGACCUACAGACAGCCUCUAUGGCCUGUCCUGAGGAGACUGUCCCCUAUCAACCACUACCCUGUGUCUGGCGACCUCUUCCGUGCAUCAGGGCCACACUCAAAGCCACAGCAUCCUGCCCUGCAAGAAGCCACAGGCAGGCAGACUGGUGGGCACACCUUCUACUGGAUGUGAACUCUUCUUCUCAGCAGAGUUUUUGUGUGUGCGUUUUUACAUUUUCCAGACAAUCCAACCCUAGUUCACCUUACCGACACACAUUCCUAUCAAAUCAGUGAACACCUUGAAGGAGGAAGUGUUUAGUAUUCAUGCUACAGUUUCUCACAGUGCUUCACUACUUCUGCAGAUGAAAGAAAUGUUUGGAGUUGUUUACAUACAUGUCACAGAUGAAAUGUUGGGUUUUCUCUUACACAAAUGUGUAUUAUACACAUAAAAAACAUACUAUUUAAAAGUAACUAACUUACUAACUCAAGAAUUUCAUAAAAAAAUCUAACUUUACAACUUCUCGUAGAGUUUACAAGAUGAUGCGUAUCAUCAUCAUCAGACUGCCAUCGCAGCAGAGUUACUCAUAUGCAAUCCCCCUUGACUUUCCGUUAAUUAUUAUUUGAUGUGUAUAUUUGUAUUUUUUUAUUAUAUUGAUUGUUGAUCCCAUUUUCCAUAUCAGCAUCUCUUGCAUUGAUAAAAUGCUACUACAACCCUGUGCUGUGUGCAAGCCUGUGAAUAGAAUGUGUCUGACCUAUAUGGUGGAAAGACUACUGUAUUUAUUUCAUUUUUACUUUUGCGUUUUUACUAAGAAAGGCUGUUUUAUUUAAUUAGUAUGUGUUCAGCAAGUGGAAAUGUGUCUGAUAAGCUAUAAGAUGUUUGAUAAUGGUGUAAUAUUCAUAUGUGUAAACAUACUGAAUUAUAAUUGGAUGCAUUUUACCGCCGUAUCAUACUGUGCUAUGAUUGGUUAAGACCACCCAGAGGGUUAGGUCAUGGUCAGUUGAUCAUGGUUGGAGAUAAGUGAACAUGCAGUUGUUAAUAAAGAGCUACGUUAAGAAAUA